CAGGUUCCAACUGUUUAUCCCAAUCUCGAUCAGUUUUCUGACCCGAUUUCCUAUCUUUCUUCUCCUGAUAUUUUAAACCUAUCCAAAAAAUAUGGCAUGAUCAAACUAGUUCCUCCAACUUCUUGGUCGCCUCCCUUUUCAAUUAACGAAAAGAGUUUCAAAUUUAAACCAAGAAUACAACAGCUAAACGAACUAAAUCUACUAAAUAGAAUGAGAUCUAUUUUUAAAGAUGGCCUAGCCAAUUUCCUCAUGAUGAAAAAAAAGAAACCUCCCAGAUUGACUCAUAUUUAUCUUUCAAAUAACACAAAGCUAUACUACUAUGAUUUAUUUCUUAAAAUUAACCAAUUCAUAUUGAAAAAUCUCAUCGGCUUGAAAAUUGACGCUAAAUUACACGACAACAACGGCAACAACACAAUCUUUAAUGAAAUCAAAAAUUACAAAAACCUCUGGUUAUCUCUAAAUUCCAUCUAUAACUUGGCCCAAUCUUCCACAGAAAUAUUCAACAUAUACAACUAUUCAAUUAAAGAAUACUGUAUUUUCUUGUACAAAAAAAAUGACGACAACCUCUUCUUGCUGAAUCAAUCUAUCAACUCAACUCAUUACAUUAUAAAACACCAAACAAAUUAUAAACAAAAAUACUACGAAAACUAUAAACAAAAAAAUCAAGACGAUCCCAAUACCGAUGAUUGGUGCAACAAAUGUGGUUUAAAUCAAGAUGAUUCCAACAUGCUAUUAUGCGAUGGCUGUGAUAAGGGGUUUCACAUCUAUUGCCUAGUUCCUCCAUUAACCAAGAUUCCCAAGGGCAAAUGGUUUUGCGAAGAAUGUUUAAUUGGAACAGGCGAAUAUGGCUUCCUAAUGUCUGAUAACUAUUACUCUUUGGAAAACUUUAGAAAAUUAAAUAAUGAAUUUCGCAAAAAAUAUUUCAAAAAUAGAGGUGAAUACAUCGAUAUACUAGAAAAAGAGUUUUGGGAAAAUUUAGUUAAUAAUGAAAAUUCUACCGUUAAAGUCAACUAUGGUGCUGAUAUUCAUAAAAGGAAACCCGGUGAAAUUUCUGGCUUCCCAAUGAAUUUUCCUUAUAAUGAUAACCUUAAAGAUGACUAUUAUAUAAACCACUCUUUUAAUCUAACUAAACUACCCUUUGCAAAGGGAUCAAUAUUGGGAAAUUUAAAUGAUUCGAUAUCUGGAAUGACGCUGCCUUGGAUAUAUGUCGGUUCGUUAUUUUCAACGUUUUGUUGGCAUCUAGAAGAUCAUUAUACUCUAUCUGCAAAUUAUUGUCAUACUGGCGAUGUUAAAAAAUGGUAUUGUAUACCUGCGUCUAAUUGUACUAAAUUCGAGAAAGCGAUGCAUGAAAUUGCCCCUCAUUUAUUUCUACAACAGCCUGAUUUAUUACAUCAACUAGUUACAUUGGUAUCACCAUUUGAGAUAGUUGAUCAUGGGAUUGAAUGUUAUUAUGCCAAUCAAUUACCUGGAGAAUAUAUCAUUACGUUUCCAAAAGUUUAUCAUUCAGGUUUUAACUGCGGAUUUAAUUUUAAUGAAGCCGUUAAUUUUACCACAAAUGAUUGGUUCAACCUUGGAAGUGAAGCUUUUCGUGAUUAUAAAAUGAUUAAAAAGACACCCAUUUUUGACCAGGUUGAUUUGUGUUUUGAUAUUUUGAAAUGUUUCAGUAAA